CAGGCUGAGAGAGAGACGGAGAUCCGCCAUUGCGGUGGUAACGUUAGUUUCUGUGUCCCGUCAGCGUCAAACUGUAAAUAAAGUCACGAUAUCGACACAUUUACUUUAAACCGACGUGUAAUAUCACCCAAAGCAGCGAGGACAUCUUUGUGAGAUGAUUAAGCAACAGAUCUAUGUAUCUCUGCAAACACUUCCAUGGUGUGCAUAUGGAUGAUGUAGUGCACUUAUCAUGAACACCAGCAGCAAUGAAACCUCCCUGGCGAACACCACAGAUGUGGAAAACCGCAGCGCCUGGAUCUUGGAGUCUGUCAUCAUAUUAGCCAUUGCCGUGUUUGUAUGUCUGGGCAAUCUGCUAGUCGUGCUGACUCUUUAUCGGAAGCCGUACCUAUUAACACCGAGCAAUAAGUUUGUGUUCAGCCUCACACUUUCCAACCUCUUGUUGUCUGUUCUGGUUUUGCCGUUCGUCGUUGCCAGUUCUCUUCGUGGAGAAUGGCUGUUUGGUGUUGUAUGGUGCAACUUCUCGGCUCUGCUAUAUCUGCUCAUCAGCUCUGCCAGCAUGCUCACAUUGGGAGCCAUUGCCAUUGACAGGUACUAUGCUGUUCUCUUCCCAAUGGUCUACCCCAUCAAGAUCACCGGUAAUCGAGCAUCGCUGGCCAUCAUCUACCUGUGGCUUCACUCUCUUUUAGGUUGCCUUCCUCCUCUUUUCGGCUGGUCCACCUUCGAGUUUGACCCCUUCAAGAAGACCUGCACUGUGGCAUGGUAUCGUGAAGUCAGUUACACUGCAUUCUGGGUAGUGUGGUGCUGUCUGGUCCCUCUGUCCGCCAUGCUCUUAUGCUACGGCCUCAUCUUUCGUGUGGCACGACACAAAGCUCGCAAGGUGCAUUGUGGGACGGUUGUCAUCGUUCAAGCGUCAUCCAAUAGAAAUGGGCGCAAAAACUCCACCGCCUCGGUUUCCUCCAUUGGUAGCCGCAAAGGUUUAAUCUACGCCGGCAGCCAGUGUAAAGCAUUGGUCACUAUUUUGGUGGUCAUUGGGACUUAUUUGAUGACAUGGGGACCGUAUGUCGUGGUGAUCUGCACUGAGGCAUUAUGGGGGAGAGGAAGCGUGUCGUCCCGUUUGGAGAUCGCGGUGUCCUGGCUGUCGUUCAUCAGUGCAGCUUGUCAUCCUCUUAUAUAUGGGCUGUGGAAUAAAACCGUGAGGAAAGAGCUGCUGGGCAUGUGCUGCACUGAUCGCCACUACAGGGAAUCAUUCGUUAGUCGCCACAGGAAGAACCGCCUUUUUAGCAUCUCCAACCGAAUCACAGAUCUCGGUAUGUCACCACACCUGACGGCCAUGUUGGCUGGUGGAGGACAGCUUUUAGGUGCCGGCAGCAGCACAGGAGACACUGGCUUCAGCUUCUCCCAGGACUCAGGUACAGACACCAUGCUGCUGGAUAAUUAUUCUGAAGGAGCAGAAAACUCACACUACUCUGCUUUAUUCAACAAGCGCAGGAGUUCAGUCAUGUUUGAGGACCAGGUGGAACCGCAGAUGAAAGGGGAGGAGGAGUCUCGGCAGGUGAAGGCGGAGCUUCAUCAGGUGAUUGACUGCUUCGCCUCCAGCAUGGCGAAGGCCAUCGAGAGUGAUGCUAAACUCCUGCUGUUCAGGAGCGAGACUCAGACGGACAGAUCUUCAUCAUGUCGAGCCUCACAGAGAGGCUCACGACAGCCGGACGGACAGAGAGCUCGACUGCAGAGUAUAGACGAGGGCAUCGGUGCUGAUGACAGGGAUCAAGACCACGAGGACGAUAUCGAGGAAAUAUGCGCAUAGAUUAAUCUACAUUUUUAAUACGGUACGUGUUCUGACAAAAGCCAAGAAUCUCCAAAGUUCAUCACUAGCAUUCAUACUGCAAAGUUUCCAUCAUAUUCAUCCUUCAAAAGCUUAAAAUAAAUCAAGCAUGGCUGGAAAGAUGUUACAUUUCCAACCAAUAAAAAAUCAUUUAUAUAUUAUAUAAAACAGAUUGAGGCUAGUUGUUACACUUUCUGUUUAAAUAAACAUUUCCCAAAAUAGGUUUAUAUAAAAAUAAUAAGACUACAAAAAACAUUUUCACUUACAAAAUUAAUUAAUACAUAAAUAAGAAUUUACAGAAAACAAUUGACAAUUAUGGAGAACGUGUUUAUAACGUAAUUUAAAAAAAAAAGAAGAAAAUCAUAAAAAUGGUUAAACAUUUUAAGAUUUAGGGACAGAAUUUACAAAAAAAUAAAGUAUAACAGUAUACACUCACCGGCCACUUUAUUAGGUACAACUGUCCAACUGCUCGUUAAACCAAAUUUCUAAUCAGCCAAUCACAUGGCAGCAAUGACAUGCAUUUAGGCAUGUAGAGAUGGUCAAGACAAUCUGCUGCAGUUCAAACUGAGCAUCAGAAUAGGGAAGAAAGGUGAUUUAAGUGACUUUGAACGUGGAAUGGUUCUUGGUGCAAGACGGGCUGGUCUGAGUAUUUCAGAAACUGCUGAUUUACUGGGAUUUUCACGCACAACCAUCUCUAGGGUUUACAGAGAAUGAUCUGAAAAAGAGAAAAUAUGCAGGGAGCGGCAGUUCUGUGGGCACAUAUGCCUUGUUGACGCCAGAGGAGAAUGGCCAGACUGGUUCCAGCUGAUAGAAAGGCAACCGUAACUCAAAUAAAGGUCUGCAGAAGAGCAUUUCUGAACACACAACACGUCCAAUCUUGAGGCAGAUGAACUACAGCAGCAGAAAACCACACCGGGUGCCACUCCUGUCAGCUAAGAACAGGAAACUGAGGCUACAAUUUGCACAGGCUCACCAAAAUUGGACAAUAGAAGAUUGGAAAAACAUUGCCUGGUCUGAUGAGUCUUGACUUCUGCUGUGACAUUUGGCUGGUAGGGUAAAAGCAUGGAUCCAUCCUGCCUUGUAUCAACGGUUCAGGCUGGUGGUGGUGGUGUAAUGGUGUGGAGAAUAUUUCCUUGGCAUACUCUGGGCCCAUUAGUACCAAUUGAGCAUCGUGUCAAUGCCACAGCCUUCCUGAGUAUUGUUGCUGACCAUGUCCAUCCCUUUAUGAGCACAGUGUACCCAUCUUCUGAUGGCUACUUCCCAGCAGGAUAACUCGUCAUAAAGCGCGAAUCAUCUCAGACUGGUUUCUUGAACAUGACAAUGAGUUCACCGUACUCAAAUGGCCUCCACAGUCACCAGUUCUCAAUCCAAUAGAGCACCUUUGGGAUGUGGUGGAACGGGAGAUUCGCAUCAUGGAUGUGCAGCUGACAAAUCUGCAACAACUGCGUGAUGCUAUCAUGUCAAUAUGGACCAACAUCUGAGAAAUAUUUCCAGUACCUUGUUGAAUGCCACAAAGGAUAAAGGCAGUUCUGAAGGCAAAAGGAGGUCCAACCUGGUAAAAGGUGUACCUAAUAAAGUGGCCGGUGAGUGUAAUUACUAAUAUAAAA